CCGACUUCACCAUCAAUCAGCAAUCCCCAAUCAGCAAAUUCGCCAUGAGAGCAACAACUAUCAUCUCCGCCAUCCUCGUCCUGUCAGCCUGCCUUCUAAGGAGCAGCGAAGCGGUGACCUGCACCGCUGACGCCACCGUCGCAGGAUGCAUCAACUGCACCACCAGUCCAACCGAUGCCGAGUGCGUGGCCGAGGCAGCCGCCGCCGCCACCACCACCACAACCACUGUGGCUCCAACCUCGACCACCGUUGCGACCACCACCGCAGCGCCCUCGUCAGCAAGUGGAACCGGAACCGGAAGCCGUAAGAUCGUCCGCGUAAGCAACCUGCGCUACUCCGUCAACCGUCGCAUUCGGAUCAACCCCACCACAUCCCGCUCCACCGGACGCACCGGCAGGCGCUCCACCAACACCAACAGCAACACGAACCGCAACCGCAGGCGCAGGAAGAACUCCGGAGGUAGACGCGGAAAUGCUCGCGUCGUGGUUGGCUAAAAAGGGUUAGAGUGUAUACAAUUGGAAAAACUGUU